GCGACCGGGCUGGCGCGGCGGGCGCGCACACCGGCGGUGCUCACAGGUGGGCGACUCCGCCCGGCACGCCCGAGCCCGCGCUGCGGGGUCCGAGACGCGGCCGCGCCCAGAGGAGCCGGUCCUCCUCCCGGUCCCCGCCUCCGUCGGAGGGCAGGCGUUGGCGUUAAUCAGAAGCGAGGAUGUGUUUACAGGAUGUGAGUUGAGUUCUUGCCGCCUUUACCUUCUGAGAGCUUCUUAUGCCUCAUGGUGACAGGCGCACAUCUUUACACUAAAGGGCAGUAUGAAGCCAGUAAAAAAAAAGAAAACGGAAGAACCCGAAUUGGAGCCCCUGUGCUGUUGCGAGUACAUAGAUCGAAAUGGGGAAAAGAACCAUGUGGCUGCUUGCUUGUGUGAUUGUCAGGACCUCGAUGAAGGCUGUGACAGAUGGCUCAGCUGUGAAUCAGUGCGUCCAGAGACUUGCGAGAGAAUCACAGACACAAUUUCUGAUCGCCUCCGAAUCCCUUGGCUCAGAGGAGCCAGAAAAGUUAAUAUUAGCAUCGUCCCUCCACUCGUGCUUUUGCCAGUUUUCCUUCACGUGGCUUCCUGGCAUUUCCUGCUGGGGGUGGUGAUUCUGACCUCCCUUCCCAUGCUGGCACUUUGGUACUACUACCUCACUCACAGAAGGAAAGAGCAGACGCUGUUUUUCCUGAGCCUAGGACUGUUCUCCCUGGGCUAUAUGUACUUCGUGUUCCUGCGGGAAGUGGUCCCCAAAGGGCAUGUGGGGCCCACCCAGCUGGCUCUUCUCACCGGCGGUUUAGUUCUGAUACUCUUAGCCUUGUACCGAGCCAAGAAGAAUCCAGGCUACCUCAUCAACCCAGCAUGCAACGACAGAUCCCCAAGCAACAGCCCAAUCGAAUGCCUAAUUCAGAAAGGGCAGGAAAAGACCAAAGGGUUCUCUGGGACAGACGCCUCAGGGAGCCUCAACAACCGCACACCGAAGGAUGAUAGUAAGGGCUCCUCCAGGGUGGGCCUCGACAGCCCUGCCAAAGUCAAGGAAGACUGGUGUGCCAAGUGCCAGCUGGUGCGGCCCGCCCGGGCCUGGCAUUGCCGGAUAUGUGGUAUCUGUGUAAGGAGGAUGGAUCAUCAUUGUGUCUGGAUAAAUAGCUGCGUUGGAGAAUCAAACCAUCAAGCAUUUAUACUUGCCCUUUCGGUCUUCCUGCUCACUUCGGUGUACGGGAUAUCGCUGACCUUGAACACCAUUUGUAGGGACAGAAGCCUCUUCACAGCCCUCUUCUACUGUCCUGGAGUUUACGCUCAUUACAGCUCGGCUCUGUCCUUCACCUGCGUGUGGUACUCUGUGAUCAUCACAGCGGGCAUGGCCUACAUCUUCCUCAUCCAGCUAAUAAACAUCAGCUACAAUGUGACGGAGAGGGAAGUGCAGCAGGCCCUUCGGCAGAAGACUGGGCGCCGGCUCCUCUGUGGGCUCAUCGUGGACACAGGCCAGUACAACAGGGGCUUCCUGCGCAACUGGCUCCAGUUCUCCACCCUGGGCACACACACGGUCCACAGCCUGGCUGAGGACAUUGUCUGAAGUGCCUUCCGUGCAGCUCUGAGGGCCGCUCCUCUGCCUGUCCUCAGCAUAUCACACGCCACGGCCAUGCAGGACUCAUCUUCAUUGCCCGCUUCUCAGAGGGUGUACAGGGCUAUGCUCAGGUUUGGAGAGAGGACUGAAGAAAGGGUCAUUUUCCUUCUGCUUUCUUAACUUAAGGGAUUUUUAAUAAUGAAGCAGCGAGAGCAGAGCCAUUUCUUUAGUGUCACCUUGUUGACUCAGAAACCGGGAGCUGCAAAGAGGGUGUGGAUUACUCACCACACCCAGAAGGCGUUUCCGCCCAUUUGUAUGAGGAAGUUAGUUAGAACUAGGAUAGUUCCUAGUCCUUUCAGUUCUUAACAGCCAUAUGACCCCUCGGUAAAGUCACUUUUCCCAAGUCUCAGGUUCUUCUGUGUGGGGGCUUCUGCCCGGCUACCUCAGGAGCAGCCACGAGGGCGACCUGAGGAGGGUGUAGAAAGCACUCCUGUCCAACUCAAGCCCUCAGAGGUAUCAGUAUUAUUAGGAAAUCCCUAUGGCUGAAGUAAACUGCUUGUAGAUCAAAAUGUUGAAGCCAAUACUAUUAAGACAAUCA